AUGGUGACGACAAAGAAGCCGAGGAGAGUGAAGGAGAGGCCGAUGUUUGCUGUGGUGGUGUUCUUGUCGCCUUUGCCGGAGGUGAUGACCACGACGCGUGGGGUCUCGCUGAAGUGCUGCCGCUUGCAGAUGUGCUGGAGGAGGGUUCAGAUUGGGGCAACAACGGCUAGGGUUUUGGGUUGUGCUGAAGGGCGGCAUGGAUUGAGGCGGCGACGACUAGGAUUUGGUCGGCAUCUUGAGGGUUUUCCAGGGGCUGAGGUGCGGCGUACAGUUUUAGGUUGUUCUGGAGGAGGUUCCAAUUGGGGCGGUGGCUACGGUUGGGGAAAGACGCCGGGAGGUGAAAUUUCGAUGGCGAGAGAGAAUGAGGGUGAAGGGGAUGGCGGCGAUUGGGACUCUCCUCGACGGGGUGCGGGGACGCCGGCGGAUUAA